AUGCUGGGGUUCGUGCCACGACAUGCUGGCCUGGUGUUCAUGCCAAGACAUGCGUGCAGCCUGGUGCUCGUGCCAAGACAUGUGGUGCUCGUGCCAAGCCAUGCUGGCAGCCUGGUGCUCGUGCAGAGACAUGCUGGCCAGCUGGUGUUCGUUGCUGGCCAGCGUGGUGUUCCUGCCACAGACAUGCUGGCCAGCGUGGAGUCGUGCCAACACAUGCUGCCCAGCCUGAGACAUGCUGGCCAGCCUGGUCUCGUGCCAAGACAGUCAGCCAGCCCGGUGUUCGUGCAUAGACACCUGGCGCUCAUGCCAAGCCUGAUGCUGGCCAGCCUGGUGAAUGCUGGCCAGCCUGAUGCUCGUGCCAAGACUGGUGUUCCUGCCAAGACGUUUGGUCAAAGGCCGCCUCUGGCGUCAGGUUAA